UUGGUAACUGUUAUCCGACAUCCGUCCGAAUUAAUGAAUGUCCCUCUUCAUCAGCAACAAAACAAAUGUACGACAUUAGUGAAAAAUAAGACGGCAGCGGCCACCGCCGCCCUGCAGUUCACCUACCCUCUGUUCACCGCCAACGCCUGUGCCAGCGGCGGGGCCGCCACCCUCUCCCAGACACAGAGUUCUAGUAACUCGUGUUCCAUCCUCGAGGCCGCCAAGCAUCAGGAGAUCGGAUUGCCCAGAGCGUUUUCUUUCUGUUACCAGCAAGAGAUUGAAUCCACUAAGCAGACUUUGGGCGGUAGGAACAGAGCCUUGCCUGAGCAGGUUUGGAUUAAAGUGGGAGAAGAAGCGCUAUGCAAACAAGCAAUGAAUAAGAGGAACCGGAGUAGAAUGCGUCAGCUGGACACGAGCGUGGAGCGGAGAGCCCUCGGGGAGAUUCAGAACGUGGGCGAAGGCGCCCCCGCCGCCCAGGGUGCCUGGCAGUCCGCGGAGUCCUCGCAGUCACACCUCGGGGAGCAGGCCCAGAGCGGGCCCCCGGGAGGCAGGUCGCAGCGCAGGGAGAGGCAUAACCGCAUGGAGAGAGACAGGAGGCGCAGGAUCCGCAUCUGUUGUGACGAGUUGAACCUCCUGGUCCCGUUCUGCAACGCGGAGACUGACAAGGCCACCACCCUCCAGUGGACCACCGCCUUCCUGAAGUACAUGCAGGAGAGACAUGGAGAUUCGCUGAAGAAGGAAUUCGAGAGUGUGUUUUGCGGUAAAACUGGCAGAAGGCUAAAGCUGACCAGACCAGACGCCUUGGUGACGUGUCCCACACAGGAGAGUCUACAGAGCAGCCCAGCCAUGGAGAUCAAGUGACCGGAACUGCACCCCGAUUCCUGGAAGACGACAGCCAUCCCUCCGGCCCGCAAACGUUUCCACAGCCGCGGCUCUGCGCUGACAGUCUCACUCUGGAGGGACGUGGCUCGAGUGGACGGGACCCCAGUGGGGACUCUGAAGCGCACUGUGCAAAGAUACUUACCUAGAGCAAAACACUUACCCGUCACUGUCCCCUUAGACCGUUGGGGAUGAAGACAUCUUGACAAUUAGUAAGUAAUUUUUCAAUUAUCUGUCUGAUUCCAUCAUGUUUUCUUAACAUGAUAACUUAAAAAAUUAACACCCCAUGUAAUUUCUUUAGCCUGACAAGGUACAUUGCUUUUUACUUAUUUUAUUUACAUUUUAAAUAUGCCCCCUUAGCAACUGGAACAAGUUGAAUUAUUCUUCACUAGAAGCAGUUUGGAAAUUUAUUUCAUUUGUUUAUCGCCCCCACCCCGUAACGAUUCCAGUCACGUGGCACUGUGUUGCAAAGCGCAGUCCUGUUUACACCGUUUUGCUAGAGAUUUGCCAGCAACGUCCUUUAAAGCUACCUUCGUCCGUAAGUGAAAUACUGUCACAGUGGGCUGCUCCGCGCCCUCACUCCCAUAUUGAGCCAUUACUUUUUGUGUAAUAAACUGUAGUGUUUGGAACCGA